AUGGCCGCCGGACCCGGUCGCGGAGACACUGGAUUCGGGCUCGCCGGCCACCAGCGCCGCGCACCACUGGCAGGCCACGCGCACCGACUGCACCUCCCUGCGCGCACCACGCUCGCAUGUUGCCUCCGGAUGCCGCCUGCACAGGAUCAGACACAUCUGCUUCUUUGGGCUGGGCCCGCACGGCCCGCCGUCGAGGAGGGUUUGCGGCAAAGGCAAAUUAUCGUUUGUUUCAGAGUGCAGACGACGAGAUCCACCCAGCGGCGGCGGCGGCUGGACCUGGAUGACGAACCCCGGCGGCAGAGACAGGAACCGCCGCCCGGAGGAGGCGGAGGAGACGAAGAAGACGACGCGGGGCGGCUCGACCUCGACCUGAUCAGCCGCCUCCCGGACGAUGUCCUCGGCGGUGUCAUCACGCUGCUCCCCGCCAAGGACGGCGCCCGCACGCAGAUCCUCUCCCGCCGGUGGUGCCCCCUCUGGCGCUCCGCGCCCCUCAACCUCGAGGCCGAUAGCUUCGCGGCCGCGCAGGCCAUCCUCGCCAGCCACCAAGGCGCGCCCGGCCGCCGCUUCUCCCUCACCUGGCGCGGCCACCACCUGGACGGCUUCUCCGUGGUCGACGACGUGCUCCGGCCGCCCGGCCUCGACGGUCUCCAGGAGUUCGAGCUGCGCUACUCCCCCUCGGCAAUCAUCGAUACGGAUUUCCGUCUAGAUCCGGCGCCGCUGUCCGUGUUCCACUUCUCGCCCACCCUGCGCGUGUUCACCGUGCACUGCCUCCGAACAAGGCUCCAAUUCCCCACGGCCUGCCCCGUGCUCCAUCUCCCGCGCCUCGAGCAGCUGACCCUCAAGGGCGUCGUCAUCUCCGAGACCAUUCUCCAUGGCAUCUUGUCCAGCUGCCUCGUCCUGCAGAGUUUGGUGCUGCAGGCAAACGCCGGCUACCGCCAUCUCCGGAUCAGCUCCCCGACGCUACGCAGCCUUGGCAUAGGGGUUAACACAAGCCGUGAAGGAAUGCUCGAGCAAAUCAACAUUGAGGAUGCUCCACUGUUGGAGAGGCUCUUCACAGAUGGUGUAAGCUAUGGCCAACAGAUCCAAGUUAUCCGGGCACCCAAACUGAAGAUACUGGGAUAUCUAUCUGAUUGCGUCUCUGCAUCUGAGUUUGGAAUCAGGAUUCUCAAGAAAAUGGAGUUCUUGAGCCUACCUAAUUCUAGUGCAAUGAGGACUGUGACAAUUCUAGCUCUGGACGUUGCUCCUGAUAAUCCGGAUGUUGUUGUUGACUUCUUGACAUGGUUUCCAUGCGUCGAAAAGCUACACAUGGCAAUGGGCCAUUGGAAGAUGAUGAAACGGGGGAAGAAGCCCAAGAAUGCGAGGCGCCAUGUUUCACUCGAAUGCCUUGAUCAACAUCUCAAGAUGUUGGAGUUGAAAAGUUAUCGUGGCGACAUGUGGGAAGUGAGCUUGGUACCAUGAUUAGAAGGGAGCAAAAGUUUGUCAUGGCUGCUAGAAGGUUUAUGUGGGUGCUCACAUAGAGCACACUUUUUUCCCUUGAUGCUGACGCUCUAUACCGUGGAAGCAAUGAAUUUGUGGACUAUUCCAACUACCUUUGAAUGAAGUAGUAGCUCCCUGUCCCUCUGUCCCUUUUUCUCCUGUCCCUAUUUCUCCUGUCAGAUCAAUCUCUCUGUUUGUGUCUGUUGUUAAUCCAUAUUUUUUGUCCUCAAUUUGAUAUUUAGAUAAAUGUAUCUUAGAUAAAUUAGACACAAGACUAGUUUAAAGACUAAAUCACUAAUGGUUUAUUAGAUUUUACACCAUUAUGUAGCAUGUAGUUUUUUGUUAUAUAAUUUCAUGUAUAAAUGUGCAUGUUGUUGUAUUGCUAUCAUUUCCUAUAUCUUUUUGGAGCAAAAACUUGCUUAUCUAGUAUGAAGAAAUUGUGAUAGAUUUAUUUUCUAGUUCCUGGCAUUUUAAUUUCUUCUAAUGAAACAGGUGACCAUAUUUUGGGCUUGGUCUCCUGUUGCUCUGGGCCAUCGAGUUCAAGUGGACACAACUCUUGCAAAAUUCGGGAUCAGCAGUGUCAUCAACAGCCAUGCGCAAUAUAUGAUGCAACAUUCUGUGGUCAUUUUCUACGAAAUAUUAGGUAUAUAUGUUGCAUGUUUUGAAUGUGUGAAAUGGGUGUAAAUUUUGAAUAGACAGUGAGCUGGCUAUUUCUUUUUUCAAUAGUUGAACAUCAGUAACGUUAAUCACCAGCUUGUGCCAUUUUUAUCUUUAAGUUUGGUAAAUAGAGCUAUCAACCGGUCUGGAGCAGCCCAGAGUCCAGA